UUAGACGAUUACGGAUGAUAAAGCGGGGCAGAUCAGUGGAGUGGCGCUGGUAAAGACGCGGUAACAUUUUGAACCUGUUUACCCGCAAAGCAAGUGGCGUCACAUCUUCUUUCUCUCUGAACGCUGCGUCAAAGAAUAACAAACGCACAGAAGAACGAAGCUCGGCGACGGCGGUCCUUUCAACGGCAACGCUCCUCUCAACGGCGGUCUCCAGCCAGCGGCGCGACCCUCCCAUUUGCGGUCCACAGCCAGCGGCGCUCCUAAAGCGGUGGUCCCCAACAGCGGCGCAACCCUAGCAGCAGCCGCGGUCCUCGUCCUCCCCAGCCAGCGGCGCUCAACCCUCCCAGCGGCGCUUCCCUGACCAGUGGCGCUCCCCUCCCAGCAUCUUUUACUGAUUUCUAUAUUGCUGUUCCUUCUACUCAGUUCCCUUUAGAGGAACUUAGAUCAACUGGAAUCAUUAUCCAAGAAACUUAAAUCCAUAACCGUAAGGACUUAGGUACCCUCUCAAUCUAUUGCUGCAACAAGAUUGCAGUUUAUUUUUCUUCAAAAUCAAAAUUGGAGCUUGAAUCAGAAGAGUCUUGGCCGCCAUGAAAACAAGGAAAUUAUAAAUGUGGUUAUAAUUUCAAGCUCUUUCACAUUGUUGUAUUAUUUCUUGUUUCAUUUCUUUCGUGUAUCACUUGCCGCCACCAUGCCUGCGGUGCAUCGGGGAAACUUCUCCAAUCGCCAAACACAAUUCUCCGCUCGGAGGCAGAAGAUAAUGCAACAAAGGAAGUCCCUUCCGAUUGCUUCGGUUGAGAAAAGACUGGUUGAAGAGGUUCGGAAGAAUGAUGUGUUGAUUAUUGUUGGUGAAACUGGAAGUGGAAAGACUACUCAGAUUCCACAGUUUCUAUUUGAUGCUGGAUUUUGCCGCGAUGGAAGGGUUAUUGGGAUAACACAACCUAGACGUGUAGCUGCUGUCACUGUGGCAAAAAGAGUUGCUGAGGAGUGUGGUGUUGAGUUGGGUCAGAAGGUCGGGUAUUCUGUUAGAUUUGAUGACACUACUUGUGGCUCAACAAGGAUCAAGUACAUGACAGACGGUUUGCUUUUGAGGGAAGCAUUAUUAGAUCCGUAUCUUUCUAAGUAUUCUGUUAUAAUUGUUGAUGAGGCACAUGAGAGGACUGUUCACACUGAUGUCUUGAUGGGCUUGCUAAAGAAAGUACAGCUCGCUCGGUCAAGUUCUGUCGGUGAUGGUCAGGGACUCAAUUUUGGAAAAAAGAAUUUGAAGAAAGUUAUGAUGUCGGAGAAAGAAAAUGAUCAGAGUGGCCGUUUUCAUAAAAUGCCUCGCCAUGAGAAGUAUGCUCCGUUGAAGUUAAUCAUCAUGUCUGCAAGUCUUGAUGCCCGGGCUUUCUCUGAAUACUUUGGUGGUGCCAAAGCUGUUCACAUCCAAGGGAGACAGUUUCCUGUUGAUAUAUUUUAUACUCGCAUUGCAGAGACAGAUUAUUUAGAUGCUUCCUUGAUAACAAUAUUCCAGAUUCAUUUAGAGGAGGGUCCUGGUGAUAUACUAGUAUUUCUGACUGGGCAAGAAGAGAUUGAAUCUGUUGAAAGGCUUAUCAAUGAGAAACUCCCACAAUUACCUCAAGAAAAUAAGAAGCUUCUAAUUGUACCUAUUUUUGCUGCUCUUCCAUCUGAGCAGCAAAUGCGGGUCUUUGCACCAGCUCCAUCUGGGUUUCGCAAGGUGAUAUUGGCAACUAAUAUUGCUGAGACAUCAGUAACAAUUCCCGGAAUCAAAUAUGUAAUUGAUCCUGGAUUUGUUAAAGCACGAUCCUAUGACCCUGGAAAAGGCAUGGAAUCCUUGAUUAUAGUGCCUACAUCCAAGUCCCAGGCUCUGCAAAGAAGUGGGCGUGCAGGGCGUGAAGGACCUGGAAAAUGCUUCCGACUAUAUCCUGAAAAAGAAUUUGAGAAACUUGAGGACUCAACAAUGCCAGAGAUAAUGCGGUGCAACCUUUCUAAUGUUAUUUUGCAGCUUAAGGCUCUGGGUGUUGAUGACAUACUAGGGUUUGAUUUUAUUGAGAAACCUUCAAGGGCAGCUAUUAUAAAAUCAUUGGAGGAGCUAUUUUUGCUGGGUGCCCUAACAGAUGAAUGUCUACUAUCUGAUCCUGUAGGACAUCAAAUGGCUCGACUGCCGUUGGAUCCCAUUUAUUCCAAAGCUCUUAUUUUAGCUAGUGAGUUUAACUGCUUGGAGGAGAUGUUGAUAACUGUAGCUCUGCUGUCUGUGGAAUCCAUAUUUUAUAGUCCUCGGGACAAGUUAGAAGAGGCAAGGACUGCAACUAAAUGCUUCUCAAGUCCAGAGGGAGACCACAUCACUUUGAUUAAUGUGUAUCGAGCAUCUAAUGAUUUCUUGGAGAAGAGAUCAAUGGAGAUGGGUAUAGCAAAGACUGAAAAAGUUUUUAGAAAAUGGUGCAAAGACAAUUAUAUUAAUAGCCGGUCUCUUAGACAUGCUCGUGACAUUCACAAGCAGAUUAAGGGACAUGUUGAACAAAUGGGUCUUAAUCUUUCUUCUUGUGGAGAUGAUAUGCUUCAAUUCCGCAGAUGCCUAGCUGCUUCAUUUUUCCUCAAUGCAGCUGUAAAGCAGCCAGAGGGGACAUACAGGGCUUUGGCAAGUGGUCAGGUGGUGCAGAUCCACCCUUCUUCUGUAUUAUUUCGGAAAAAACCAGAGUGUGUGAUAUUCAACGAAUUGGUCCAAACUAAUAACAAGUAUGUCCGAAAUCUAACAAGAGUUGAUUACCUAUGGUUAACUGAGCUGGCUCCUCAAUAUUAUGCCAUGCAGAAUUAAAUUCGUCGUGGUUCCAUUAAACAGGUUACUUGAUUGUCUGUUGGAACAGAUCAAUUCAAGCUCCCGAAUUUGUGCCCCCACUGCUUGAUGGAUCUUUUCGUAAUGACAGGUUUUGAGAUUUAAGGGGAUUGUCUUUGGCAUUCCUUGGUAUGUGGAGACGUCAAUUAUUCCUAUAACGACAAGCACCUCUUACUGGGUUGUUGUCAAGUUAUUUUCUCUUGGGCUGCAAUGGUCACUAAGAUCGAGGAGCAAGUCUGUGAUGGUAGGGUGCACCUUACAGUUGUGACCUCAUCGCAUUGAAAUUGUGUACAGAUUUUUUUUUUUUAAUGUUCAUUUCUGCAUCAUUUUAAAUUGCUCGAUUUAAACUAGUACAAUAUGAAUUGUAUGAUUAGCAGCCAAGUUCUUUGAAUCCACUUAUUUAUAUACACUGCACAUCAAUUUCUAGAUGAGAGCUAUUGGGUAUUUCUUUAUGUUUUGGGCGAUGAGUGAGGGCUACUGUUAUUUUCUCCCCCCAUCAGCAAUAUUUGAGGGUUACUUAAACAUCAACAUUAGUAUAUUUUUGCUUUG